ACGGCCGGCAGCAGCCAGAGCUGCCCCUCGUGCCUCUCCCAGCCCGUUUGCUGGCAGGUGGAAUGGAGCAGCCAUGAAUGGUGAUACCCUUUGCCAAGAACCUCCCUCCCAGCUUCCAGACUGGAGGGAAUUCUGUGAGCUUCAUGCCCAGGCCGCUGCUGUGGACUUUGCCCAGAAGUUCUGCCAGUUCCUGAAGGAGAACCCUCACUACGACACCCCCGGGGCAGAGACCUCUUUCUCCCACCAUUUUGCUGCUAACUUCUUGGACAUCUUCAGCCUGGAGGUCAACAGGGUCUUUGUUUCGGAUUCUCCCACCAAAUACAACCCGGUGUCCUCCAGCAGGUAUCUAAGCCAAUCCCAGCAAGUUCAGAUACGAAAGGUCUCCUCCUAUGGUCAGUCCCGGAGCUCGGAGGACGUCUCCGUUCAUACUACCUCUAAGCCGAAAUUCAAGAAAGGUUUCUCCUUGAGGAACAUGAGUUUGUGCGUGGUGGAUGGAAUGAAGGAGAUGUGGCACAGAAGGUCUUCUCCGGAGCCUGGCACAGAAGCUACCCAGGGCAGGCGUGAUUCCAGGGAAAAAUGGACUCACAAGCUGCGGCUUACUAAAGGUCAGUCUUCCAAGGUGGACUUGGUGGACAUUCAAAGAGAGGGAACCCUCCGCUACAUGGUAGCUGACGAUACGAACUGCGUGGGCAGCUCUCAGUGGCAGAAGUGUCGCCUGUUGCUGAGGAAAGCUGUGAAGAUGGAGGGGGAAAGGUUCCUGCUGGAGUUUUUUGUUCCUCCUAAGGCAUCCAAAGCUAAGGUCAGCAUCCCUCUCUCGGCCAUUAUCGAGGUGCGGACGACCAUGCCUUUGGAGAUGCCGGACAAAGACAACACUUUCGUGCUGAAGGUAGAGAAUGGUGCGGAGUACAUCCUGGAAACAAUUGACUCCUUACAGAAGCAUUCAUGGGUGGCGGAUAUACAGGACUGUAUAGAUCCAGGGGACAGUGGAGAUGACAUUGAACUCGCCUCCUGCACCCAGGGUGCCUGCCUACCUGGCAGGGUCUCUUCUUGCAGCUGUGAAUUUCUGGCUGAUGAUGUGCCCCGAUUUCAGGACACAUGUGCCGGGUCUGCUGCUCCGGAUGCCGUGCCAAACGCCACCACCGUCAUCACAGCACCACAUGGUAGGAUCAGGGACUCCUUGGGCGAGCAUCGGUCCCACGUGCCAUUGGAGAACUUUCUGCAGACACUGGAGUCACCAGCUACUGGCAAUCAUUUAGCAGGGGAGGAAAGUGAAACGGAAGCAGAGAUCAACCUCUCGGACUUUCCAUGGUUUCACGGGACUCUAUCGCGGGUCAAAGCCGCCCAGCUGGUGCUGUUUGGUGGAGCCAGAAGUCACGGGCUGUUUGUCAUUCGGCAGAGUGAAACGCGACCAGGAGAAUAUGUCCUGACGUUUAACUUCCAGGGAAAAGCAAAGCAUCUGCGACUGUCCUUGAAUGAGAACGGCCAAUGCCAUGUCCAGCACCUCUGGUUCCAGACCAUCUUCGACAUGCUGAGGCAUUUUCACAUGCACCCCAUCCCCCUGGAGUCGGGCGGGUCCGCUGACAUCACGCUCCGCAGCUAUGUGGUUGCCCCAGCCUCCUUGCCUGAGGUGAGCCCAUCCCCGGUUGUGGCUUCCCAACAGCCCAGCUGCAGAAAUGAUCUCCAGUCUCAACACUACUUUUCCAGCUUUGUCCCGGGCACUUUCCAGCCCGCCUCCCCUUCAGAGGGCACAACUUCCUCCUCUUCCUCCUCCGCCAGCCAUUCGCUCUACCAUCGAGUGGAAGGGACCCUCAGUGCCCGCAGUCGCAGUAACAGCACCGAGCGCCUCUUUGACUCCUCUGCUGUCGGCGUGGAGGACUACCAUGAAAGCGAGGGCUCACGCAACAGAACCAGAGCAGUGGAGAACCAAUAUUCAUUUUACUGA